AUGGGGUUUGAAGGGGUGGAGUUCAUUUUUGAGGCGACUCAAAAAUCGAGGAGAAUGGGGUUUGAAGGGGUGGAGUUCAUUUUUGAGGCGACUCAAAAAUCGAGGAGAAUGGGGUUUGAAGGGGUGGAGUUCAUUUUUGAGGCGACUCAAAAAUCGAGGAGAAUGGGGUUUGAAGGGGUGGAGUUCAUUUUUGAGGCGACUCAAAAAUCGAGGAGAAUGGGGUUGAAGGGGUGGAGUUCAUUUUUGAGGCGACUCAAAAAUCGAGGAGAAUGGGGUUUGAAGGGGUGGAGUUUCAUUUUUGAGGCGACUCAAAAAUCGAGGAGAAUGGGGUUUGAAGGGGUGGAGUUCAUUUUUGAGGCGACUCAAAAAUCGAGGAGAAUGGGGUUUGAAGGGGUGGAGUUCAUUUUUGAGGCGACUCAAAAAUCGAGGAGAAUGGGGUUUGAAGGGGUGGAGUUCAUUUUUGAGGCGACUCAAAAAUCGAGGAGAAUGGGGUUUGAAGGGGUGGAGUUCAUUUUUGAGGCGACUCAAAAAUCGAGGAGAAUGGGGUUUGAAGGGGUGGAGUUCAUUUUUGAGGCGACUCAAAAAUCGAGGAGAAUGGGGUUUGAAGGGGUGGAGUUCAUUUUUGAGGCGACUCAAAAAUCGAGGAGAAUGGGGUUUGAAGGGGUGGAGUUCAUUUUUGAGGCGACUCAAAAAUCGAGGAGAAUGGGGUUUGAAGGGGUGGAGUUCAUUUUUGAGGCGACUCAAAAAUCGAGGAGAAUGGGGUUUGAAGGGGUGGAGUUCAUUUUUGAGGCGACUCAAAAAUCGAGGAGAAUGGGGUUUGAAGGGGUGGAGUUCAUUUUUGAGGCGACUCAAAAAUCGAGGAGAAUGGGGUUUGAAGGGGUGGAGUUCAUUUUUGAGUCGACUCAAAAAUCGAGGAGAAUGGGGUUUGAAGGGGUGGAGUUCAUUUUUGAGGCGACUCAAAAAUCGAGGAGAAUGGGGUUUGAAGGGGGGUGGAGUUCAUUUUUGAGGCGACUCAAAAAAUCGAGGAGAAUGGGGUUUGAAGGGGUGGAGUUCAUUUUUGAGGCGACUCAAAAAUCGAGGAGAAUGGGGUUUGAAGGGGUGGAGUUCAUUUUUGAGGCGACUCAAAAAUCGAGGAGAAUGGGGUUUGAAGGGGUGGAGUUCAUUUUUGAGGCGACUCAAAAAUCGAGGAGAAUGGGGUUUGAAGGGGUGGAGUUCAUUUUUGAGGCGACUCAAAAAUCGAGGAGAAUGGGGUUUGAAGGGGUGGAGUUCAUUUUUGAGGCGACUCAAAAAUCGAGGAGAAUGGGGUUUGAAGGGGUGGAGUUCAUUUUUGAGGCGACUCAAAAAUCGAGGAGAAUGGGGUUUGAAGGGGUGGAGUUCAUUUUUGAGGCGACUCAAAAAUCGAGGAGAAUGGGGUUUGAAGGGGUGGAGUUCAUUUUUGAGGCGACUCAAAAAUCGAGGAGAAUGGGGUUUGAAGGGGUGGAGUUCAUUUUUGAGGCGACUCAAAAAUCGAGGAGAAUGGGGUUUGAAGGGGUGGAGUUCAUUUUUGAGGCGACUCAAAAAUCGAGGAGAAUGGGGUUUGAAGGGGUGGAGUUCAUUUUUGAGGCGACUCAAAAAUCGAGGAGAAUGGGGUUUGAAGGGGUGGAGUUCAUUUUUGAGGCGACUCAAAAAUCGAGGAGAAUGGGGUUUGAAGGGGUGGAGUUCAUUUUUGAGGCGACUCAAAAAUCGAGGAGAAUGGGGUUUGAAGGGGUGGAGUUCAUUUUUGAGGCGACUCAAAAAUCGAGGAGAAUGGGGUUUGAAGGGGUGGAGUUCAUUUUUGAGGCGACUCAAAAAUCGAGGAGAAUGGGGUUUGAAGGGGUGGAGUUCAUUUUUGAGGCGACUCAAAAAUCGAGGAGAAUGGGGUUUGAAGGGGUGGAGUUCAUUUUUGAGGCGACUCAAAAAUCGAGGAGAAUGGGGUUUGAAGGGGUGGAGUUCAUUUUUGAGGCGACUCAAAAAUCGAGGAGAAUGGGGUUCGAAGGGGUGGAGUUCAUUUUUGAGGCGACUCAAAAAUCGAGGAGAAUGGGGUUUGAAGGGGUGGAGUUCAUUUUUGAGGCGACUCAAAAAUCGAGGAGAAUGGGGUUUGAAGGGGUGGAGUUCAUUUUUGAGGCGACUCAAAAAUCGAGGAGAAUGGGGUUUGAAGGGGUGGAGUUCAUUUUUGAGGCGACUCAAAAAUCGAGGAGAAUGGGGUUUGAAGGGGUGGAGUUCAUUUUUGAGGCGACUCAAAAAUCGAGGAGAAUGGGGUUUGAAGGGGUGGAGUUCAUUUUUGAGGCGACUCAAAAAUCGAGGAGAAUGGGGUUUGAAGGGGUGGAGUUCAUUUUUGAGGCGACUCAAAAAUCGAGGAGAAUGGGGUUUGAAGGGGUGGAGUUCAUUUUUGAGGCGACUCAAAAAUCGAGGAGAAUGGGGUUUGAAGGGGUGGAGUUCAUUUUUGAGGCGACUCAAAAAUCGAGGAGAAUGGGGUUUGAAGGGGUGGAGUUCAUUUUUGAGGCGACUCAAAAAUCGAGGAGAAUGGGGUUUGAAGGGGUGGAGUUCAUUUUUGAGGCGACUCAAAAAUCGAGGAGAAUGGGGUUUGAAGGGGUGGAGUUCAUUUUUGAGGCGACUCAAAAAUCGAGGAGAAUGGGGUUUGAAGGGGUGGAGUUCAUUUUUGAGGCGACUCAAAAAUCGAGGAGAAUGGGGUUUGAAGGGGUGGAGUUCAUUUUUGAGGCGACUCAAAAAUCGAGGAGAAUGGGGUUUGAAGGGGUGGAGUUCAUUUUUGAGGCGACUCAAAAAUCGAGGAGAAUGGGGUUUGAAGGGGUGGAGUUCAUUUUUGAGGCGACUCAAAAAUCGAGGAGAAUGGGGUUUGAAGGGGUGGAGUUCAUUUUUGAGGCGACUCAAAAAUCGAGGAGAAUGGGGUUUGAAGGGGUGGAGUUCAUUUUUGAGGCGACUCAAAAAUCGAGGAGAAUGGGGUUUGAAGGGGUGGAGUUCAUUUUUGAGGCGACUCAAAAAUCGAGGAGAAUGGGGUUUGAAGGGGUGGAGUUCAUUUUUGAGGCGACUCAAAAAUCGAGGAGAAUGGGGUUUGAAGGGGUGGAGUUCAUUUUUGAGGCGACUCAAAAAUCGAGGAGAAUGGGGUUUGAAGGGGUGGAGUUCAUUUUUGAGGCGACUCAAAAAUCGAGGAGAAUGGGGUUUGAAGGGGUGGAGUUCAUUUUUGAGGCGACUCAAAAAUCGAGGAGAAUGGGGUUUGAAGGGGUGGAGUUCAUUUUUGAGGCGACUCAAAAAUCGAGGAGAAUGGGGUUUGAAGGGGUGGAGUUCAUUUUUGAGGCGACUCAAAAAUCGAGGAGAAUGGGGUUUGAAGGGGUGGAGUUCAUUUUUGAGGCGACUCAAAAAUCGAGGAGAAUGGGGUUUGAAGGGGUGGAGUUCAUUUUUGAGGCGACUCAAAAAUCGAGGAGAAUGGGGUUUGAAGGGGUGGAGUUCAUUUUUGAGGCGACUCAAAAAUCGAGGAGAAUGGGGUUUGAAGGGGUGGAGUUCAUUUUUGAGGCGACUCAAAAAUCGAGGAGAAUGGGGUUUGAAGGGGUGGAGUUCAUUUUUGAGGCGACUCAAAAAUCGAGGAGAAUGGGGUUUGAAGGGGUGGAGUUCAUUUUUGAGGCGACUCAAAAAUCGAGGAGAAUGGGGUUUGAAGGGGUGGAGUUCAUUUUUGAGGCGACUCAAAAAUCGAGGAGAAUGGGGUUUGAAGGGGUGGAGUUCAUUUUUGAGGCGACUCAAAAAUCGAGGAGAAUGGGGUUUGAAGGGGUGGAGUUCAUUUUUGAGGCGACUCAAAAAUCGAGGAGAAUGGGGUUUGAAGGGGUGGAGUUCAUUUUUGAGGCGACUCAAAAAUCGAGGAGAAUGGGGUUUGAAGGGGUGGAGUUCAUUUUUGAGGCGACUCAAAAAUCGAGGAGAAUGGGGUUUGAAGGGGUGGAGUUCAUUUUUGAGGCGACUCAAAAAUCGAGGAGAAUGGGGUUUGAAGGGGUGGAGUUCAUUUUUGAGGCGACUCAAAAAUCGAGGAGAAUGGGGUUUGAAGGGGUGGAGUUCAUUUUUGAGGCGACUCAAAAAUCGAGGAGAAUGGGGUUUGAAGGGGUGGAGUUCAUUUUUGAGGCGACUCAAAAAUCGAGGAGAAUGGGGUUUGAAGGGGUGGAGUUCAUUUUUGAGGCGACUCAAAAAUCGAGGAGAAUGGGGUUUGAAGGGGUGGAGUUCAUUUUUGAGGCGACUCAAAAAUCGAGGAGAAUGGGGUUUGAAGGGGUGGAGUUCAUUUUUGAGGCGACUCAAAAAUCGAGGAGAAUGGGGUUUGAAGGGGUGGAGUUCAUUUUUGAGGCGACUCAAAAAUCGAGGAGAAUGGGGUUUGAAGGGGUGGAGUUCAUUUUUGAGGCGACUCAAAAAUCGAGGAGAAUGGGGUUUGAAGGGGUGGAGUUCAUUUUUGAGGCGACUCAAAAAUCGAGGAGAAUGGGGUUUGAAGGGGUGGAGUUCAUUUUUGAGGCGACUCAAAAAUCGAGGAGAAUGGGGUUUGAAGGGGUGGAGUUCAUUUUUGAGGCGACUCAAAAAUCGAGGAGAAUGGGGUUUGAAGGGGUGGAGUUCAUUUUUGAGGCGACUCAAAAAUCGAGGAGAAUGGGGUUUGAAGGGGUGGAGUUCAUUUUUGAGGCGACUCAAAAAUCGAGGAGAAUGGGGUUUGAAGGGGUGGAGUUCAUUUUUGAGGCGACUCAAAAAUCGAGGAGAAUGGGGUUUGAAGGGGUGGAGUUCAUUUUUGAGGCGACUCAAAAAUCGAGGAGAAUGGGGUUUGAAGGGGUGGAGUUCAUUUUUGAGGCGACUCAAAAAUCGAGGAGAAUGGGGUUUGAAGGGGUGGAGUUCAUUUUUGAGGCGACUCAAAAAUCGAGGAGAAUGGGGUUUGAAGGGGUGGAGUUCAUUUUUGAGGCGACUCAAAAAUCGAGGAGAAUGGGGUUUGAAGGGGUGGAGUUCAUUUUUGAGGCGACUCAAAAAUCGAGGAGAAUGGGGUUUGAAGGGGUGGAGUUCAUUUUUGAGGCGACUCAAAAAUCGAGGAGAAUGGGGUUUGAAGGGGUGGAGUUCAUUUUUGAGGCGACUCAAAAAUCGAGGAGAAUGGGGUUUGAAGGGGUGGAGUUCAUUUUUGAGGCGACUCAAAAAUCGAGGAGAAUGGGGUUUGAAGGGGUGGAGUUCAUUUUUGAGGCGACUCAAAAAUCGAGGAGAAUGGGGUUUGAAGGGGUGGAGUUCAUUUUUGAGGCGACUCAAAAAUCGAGGAGAAUGGGGUUUGAAGGGGUGGAGUUCAUUUUUGAGGCGACUCAAAAAUCGAGGAGAAUGGGGUUUGAAGGGGUGGAGUUCAUUUUUGAGGCGACUCAAAAAUCGAGGAGAAUGGGGUUUGAAGGGGUGGAGUUCAUUUUUGAGUCGACUAAAAAAUCGAGGAGAAUGGGGUUUGAAGGGGUGGAGUUCAUUUUUGAGGCGACUCAAAAAUCGAGGAGAAUGGGGUUUGAAGGGGUGGAGUUCAUUUUUGAGGCGACUCAAAAAUCGAGGAGAAUGGGGUUUGAAGGGGUGGAGUUCAUUUUUGAGGCGACUCAAAAAUCGAGGAGAAUGGGGUUUGAAGGGGUGGAGUUCAUUUUUGAGGCGACUCAAAAAUCGAGGAGAAUGGGGUUUGAAGGGGUGGAGUUCAUUUUUGAGGCGACUCAAAAAUCGAGGAGAAUGGGGUUUGAAGGGGUGGAGUUCAUUUUUGAGGCGACUCAAAAAUCGAGGAGAAUGGGGUUUGAAGGGGUGGAGUUCAUUUUUGAGGCGACUCAAAAAUCGAGGAGAAUGGGGUUUGAAGGGGUGGAGUUCAUUUUUGAGGCGACUAAAAAAUCGAGGAGAAUGGGGUUUGAAGGGGUGGAGUUCAUUUUUGAGGCGACUCAAAAAUCGAGGAGAAUGGGGUUUGAAGGGGUGGAGUUCAUUUUUGAGGCGACUCAAAAAUCGAGGAGAAUGGGGUUUGAAGGGGUGGAGUUCAUUUUUGAGGCGACUCAAAAAUCGAGGAGAAUGGGGUUUGAAGGGGUGGAGUUCAUUUUUGAGGCGACUCAAAAAUCGAGGAGAAUGGGGUUUGAAGGGGUGGAGUUCAUUUUUGAGGCGACUCAAAAAUCGAGGAGAAUGGGGUUUGAAGGGGUGGAGUUCAUUUUUGAGGCGACUCAAAAAUCGAGGAGAAUGGGGUUUGAAGGGGUGGAGUUCAUUUUUGAGGCGACUCAAAAAUCGAGGAGAAUGGGGUUUGAAGGGGUGGAGUUCAUUUUUGAGGCGACUCAAAAAUCGAGGAGAAUGGGGUUUGAAGGGGUGGAGUUCAUUUUUGAGGCGACUCAAAAAUCGAGGAGAAUGGGGUUUGAAGGGGUGGAGUUCAUUUUUGAGGCGACUCAAAAAUCGAGGAGAAUGGGGUUUGAAGGGGUGGAGUUCAUUUUUGAGGCGACUCAAAAAUCGAGGAGAAUGGGGUUUGAAGGGGUGGAGUUCAUUUUUGAGGCGACUCAAAAAUCGAGGAGAAUGGGGUUUGAAGGGGUGGAGUUCAUUUUUGAGGCGACUCAAAAAUCGAGGAGAAUGGGGUUUGAAGGGGUGGAGUUCAUUUUUGAGGCGACUCAAAAAUCGAGGAGAAUGGGGUUUGAAGGGGUGGAGUUCAUUUUUGAGGCGACUCAAAAAUCGAGGAGAAUGGGGUUUGAAGGGGUGGAGUUCAUUUUUGAGGCGACUCAAAAAUCGAGGAGAAUGGGGUUUGAAGGGGUGGAGUUCAUUUUUGAGGCGACUCAAAAAUCGAGGAGAAUGGGGUUUGAAGGGGUGGAGUUCAUUUUUGAGGCGACUCAAAAAUCGAGGAGAAUGGGGUUUGAAGGGGUGGAGUUCAUUUUUGAGGCGACUCAAAAAUCGAGGAGAAUGGGGUUUGAAGGGGUGGAGUUCAUUUUUGAGGCGACUCAAAAAUCGAGGAGAAUGGGGUUUGAAGGGGUGGAGUUCAUUUUUGAGGCGACUCAAAAAUCGAGGAGAAUGGGGUUUGAAGGGGUGGAGUUCAUUUUUGAGGCGACUCAAAAAUCGAGGAGAAUGGGGUUUGAAGGGGUGGAGUUCAUUUUUGAGGCGACUCAAAAAUCGAGGAGAAUGGGGUUUGAAGGGGUGGAGUUCAUUUUUGAGGCGACUCAAAAAUCGAGGAGAAUGGGGUUUGAAGGGGUGGAGUUCAUUUUUGAGGCGACUCAAAAAUCGAGGAGAAUGGGGUUUGAAGGGGUGGAGUUCAUUUUUGAGGCGACUCAAAAAUCGAGGAGAAUGGGGUUUGAAGGGGUGGAGUUCAUUUUUGAGGCGACUCAAAAAUCGAGGAGAAUGGGGUUUGAAGGGGUGGAGUUCAUUUUUGAGGCGACUCAAAAAUCGAGGAGAAUGGGGUUUGAAGGGGUGGAGUUCAUUUUUGAGGCGACUCAAAAAUCGAGGAGAAUGGGGUUUGAAGGGGUGGAGUUCAUUUUUGAGGCGACUCAAAAAUCGAGGAGAAUGGGGUUUGAAGGGGUGGAGUUCAUUUUUGAGGCGACUCAAAAAUCGAGGAGAAUGGGGUUUGAAGGGGUGGAGUUCAUUUUUGAGGCGACUCAAAAAUCGAGGAGAAUGGGGUUUGAAGGGGUGGAGUUCAUUUUUGAGGCGACUCAAAAAUCGAGGAGAAUGGGGUUUGAAGGGGUGGAGUUCAUUUUUGAGGCGACUCAAAAAUCGAGGAGAAUGGGGUUUGAAGGGGUGGAGUUCAUUUUUGAGGCGACUCAAAAAUCGAGGAGAAUGGGGUUUGAAGGGGUGGAGUUCAUUUUUGAGGCGACUCAAAAAUCGAGGAGAAUGGGGUUUGAAGGGGUGGAGUUCAUUUUUGAGGCGACUCAAAAAUCGAGGAGAAUGGGGUUUGAAGGGGUGGAGUUCAUUUUUGAGGCGACUCAAAAAUCGAGGAGAAUGGGGUUUGAAGGGGUGGAGUUCAUUUUUGAGGCGACUCAAAAAUCGAGGAGAAUGGGGUUUGAAGGGGUGGAGUUCAUUUUUGAGGCGACUCAAAAAUCGAGGAGAAUGGGGUUUGAAGGGGUGGAGUUCAUUUUUGAGGCGACUCAAAAAUCGAGGAGAAUGGGGUUUGAAGGGGUGGAGUUCAUUUUUGAGGCGACUCAAAAAUCGAGGAGAAUGGGGUUUGAAGGGGUGGAGUUCAUUUUUGAGGCGACUCAAAAAUCGAGGAGAAUGGGGUUUGAAGGGGUGGAGUUCAUUUUUGAGGCGACUCAAAAAUCGAGGAGAAUGGGGUUUGAAGGGGUGGAGUUCAUUUUUGAGGCGACUCAAAAAUCGAGGAGAAUGGGGUUUGAAGGGGUGGAGUUCAUUUUUGAGGCGACUCAAAAAUCGAGGAGAAUGGGGUUUGAAGGGGUGGAGUUCAUUUUUGAGGCGACUCAAAAAUCGAGGAGAAUGGGGUUUGAAGGGGUGGAGUUCAUUUUUGAGGCGACUCAAAAAUCGAGGAGAAUGGGGUUUGAAGGGGUGGAGUUCAUUUUUGAGGCGACUCAAAAAUCGAGGAGAAUGGGGUUUGAAGGGGUGGAGUUCAUUUUUGAGGCGACUCAAAAAUCGAGGAGAAUGGGGUUUGAAGGGGUGGAGUUCAUUUUUGAGGCGACUCAAAAAUCGAGGAGAAUGGGGUUUGAAGGGGUGGAGUUCAUUUUUGAGGCGACUCAAAAAUCGAGGAGAAUGGGGUUUGAAGGGGUGGAGUUCAUUUUUGAGGCGACUCAAAAAUCGAGGAGAAUGGGGUUUGAAGGGGUGGAGUUCAUUUUUGAGGCGACUCAAAAAUCGAGGAGAAUGGGGUUUGAAGGGGUGGAGUUCAUUUUUGAGGCGACUCAAAAAUCGAGGAGAAUGGGGUUUGAAGGGGUGGAGUUCAUUUUUGAGGCGACUCAAAAAUCGAGGAGAAUGGGGUUUGAAGGGGUGGAGUUCAUUUUUGAGGCGACUCAAAAAUCGAGGAGAAUGGGGUUUGAAGGGGUGGAGUUCAUUUUUGAGGCGACUCAAAAAUCGAGGAGAAUGGGGUUUGAAGGGGUGGAGUUCAUUUUUGAGGCGACUCAAAAAUCGAGGAGAAUGGGGUUUGAAGGGGUGGAGUUCAUUUUUGAGGCGACUCAAAAAUCGAGGAGAAUGGGGUUUGAAGGGGUGGAGUUCAUUUUUGAGGCGACUCAAAAAUCGAGGAGAAUGGGGUUUGAAGGGGUGGAGUUCAUUUUUGAGGCGACUCAAAAAUCGAGGAGAAUGGGGUUUGAAGGGGUGGAGUUCAUUUUUGAGGCGACUCAAAAAUCGAGGAGAAUGGGGUUUGAAGGGGUGGAGUUCAUUUUUGAGGCGACUCAAAAAUCGAGGAGAAUGGGGUUUGAAGGGGUGGAGUUCAUUUUUGAGGCGACUCAAAAAUCGAGGAGAAUGGGGUUUGAAGGGGUGGAGUUCAUUUUUGAGGCGACUCAAAAAUCGAGGAGAAUGGGGUUUGAAGGGGUGGAGUUCAUUUUUGAGGCGACUCAAAAAUCGAGGAGAAUGGGGUUUGAAGGGGUGGAGUUCAUUUUUGAGGCGACUCAAAAAUCGAGGAGAAUGGGGUUUGAAGGGGUGGAGUUCAUUUUUGAGGCGACUCAAAAAUCGAGGAGAAUGGGGUUUGAAGGGGUGGAGUUCAUUUUUGAGGCGACUCAAAAAUCGAGGAGAAUGGGGUUUGAAGGGGUGGAGUUCAUUUUUGAGGCGACUCAAAAAUCGAGGAGAAUGGGGUUUGAAGGGGUGGAGUUCAUUUUUGAGGCGACUCAAAAAUCGAGGAGAAUGGGGUUUGAAGGGGUGGAGUUCAUUUUUGAGGCGACUCAAAAAUCGAGGAGAAUGGGGUUUGAAGGGGUGGAGUUCAUUUUUGAGGCGACUCAAAAAUCGAGGAGAAUGGGGUUUGAAGGGGUGGAGUUCAUUUUUGAGGCGACUCAAAAAUCGAGGAGAAUGGGGUUUGAAGGGGUGGAGUUCAUUUUUGAGGCGACUCAAAAAUCGAGGAGAAUGGGGUUUGAAGGGGUGGAGUUCAUUUUUGAGGCGACUCAAAAAUCGAGGAGAAUGGGGUUUGAAGGGGUGGAGUUCAUUUUUGAGGCGACUCAAAAAUCGAGGAGAAUGGGGUUUGAAGGGGUGGAGUUCAUUUUUGAGGCGACUCAAAAAUCGAGGAGAAUGGGGUUUGAAGGGGUGGAGUUCAUUUUUGAGGCGACUCAAAAAUCGAGGAGAAUGGGGUUUGAAGGGGUGGAGUUCAUUUUUGAGGCGACUCAAAAAUCGAGGAGAAUGGGGUUUGAAGGGGUGGAGUUCAUUUUUGAGGCGACUCAAAAAUCGAGGAGAAUGGGGUUUGAAGGGGUGGAGUUCAUUUUUGAGGCGACUCAAAAAUCGAGGAGAAUGGGGUUUGAAGGGGUGGAGUUCAUUUUUGAGGCGACUCAAAAAUCGAGGAGAAUGGGGUUUGAAGGGGUGGAGUUCAUUUUUGAGGCGACUCAAAAAUCGAGGAGAAUGGGGUUUGAAGGGGUGGAGUUCAUUUUUGAGGCGACUCAAAAAUCGAGGAGAAUGGGGUUUGAAGGGGUGGAGUUCAUUUUUGAGGCGACUCAAAAAUCGAGGAGAAUGGGGUUUGAAGGGGUGGAGUUCAUUUUUGAGGCGACUCAAAAAUCGAGGAGAAUGGGGUUUGAAGGGGUGGAGUUCAUUUUUGAGGCGACUCAAAAAUCGAGGAGAAUGGGGUUUGAAGGGGUGGAGUUCAUUUUUGAGGCGACUCAAAAAUCGAGGAGAAUGGGGUUUGAAGGGGUGGAGUUCAUUUUUGAGGCGACUCAAAAAUCGAGGAGAAUGGGGUUUGAAGGGGUGGAGUUCAUUUUUGAGGCGACUCAAAAAUCGAGGAGAAUGGGGUUUGAAGGGGUGGAGUUCAUUUUUGAGGCGACUCAAAAAUCGAGGAGAAUGGGGUUUGAAGGGGUGGAGUUCAUUUUUGAGGCGACUCAAAAAUCGAGGAGAAUGGGGUUUGAAGGGGUGGAGUUCAUUUUUGAGGCGACUCAAAAAUCGAGGAGAAUGGGGUUUGAAGGGGUGGAGUUCAUUUUUGAGGCGACUCAAAAAUCGAGGAGAAUGGGGUUUGAAGGGGUGGAGUUCAUUUUUGAGGCGACUCAAAAAUCGAGGAGAAUGGGGUUUGAAGGGGUGGAGUUCAUUUUUGAGGCGACUCAAAAAUCGAGGAGAAUGGGGUUUGAAGGGGUGGAGUUCAUUUUUGAGGCGACUCAAAAAUCGAGGAGAAUGGGGUUUGAAGGGGUGGAGUUCAUUUUUGAGGCGACUCAAAAAUCGAGGAGAAUGGGGUUUGAAGGGGUGGAGUUCAUUUUUGAGGCGACUCAAAAAUCGAGGAGAAUGGGGUUUGAAGGGGUGGAGUUCAUUUUUGAGGCGACUCAAAAAUCGAGGAGAAUGGGGUUUGAAGGGGUGGAGUUCAUUUUUGAGGCGACUCAAAAAUCGAGGAGAAUGGGGUUUGAAGGGGUGGAGUUCAUUUUUGAGGCGACUCAAAAAUCGAGGAGAAUGGGGUUUGAAGGGGUGGAGUUCAUUUUUGAGGCGACUCAAAAAUCGAGGAGAAUGGGGUUUGAAGGGGUGGAGUUCAUUUUUGAGGCGACUCAAAAAUCGAGGAGAAUGGGGUUUGAAGGGGUGGAGUUCAUUUUUGAGGCGACUCAAAAAUCGAGGAGAAUGGGGUUUGAAGGGGUGGAGUUCAUUUUUGAGGCGACUCAAAAAUCGAGGAGAAUGGGGUUUGAAGGGGUGGAGUUCAUUUUUGAGGCGACUCAAAAAUCGAGGAGAAUGGGGUUUGAAGGGGUGGAGUUCAUUUUUGAGGCGACUCAAAAAUCGAGGAGAAUGGGGUUUGAAGGGGUGGAGUUCAUUUUUGAGGCGACUCAAAAAUCGAGGAGAAUGGGGUUUGAAGGGGUGGAGUUCAUUUUUGAGGCGACUCAAAAAUCGAGGAGAAUGGGGUUUGAAGGGGUGGAGUUCAUUUUUGAGGCGACUCAAAAAUCGAGGAGAAUGGGGUUUGAAGGGGUGGAGUUCAUUUUUGAGGCGACUCAAAAAUCGAGGAGAAUGGGGUUUGAAGGGGUGGAGUUCAUUUUUGAGGCGACUCAAAAAUCGAGGAGAAUGGGGUUUGAAGGGGUGGAGUUCAUUUUUGAGGCGACUCAAAAAUCGAGGAGAAUGGGGUUUGAAGGGGUGGAGUUCAUUUUUGAGGCGACUCAAAAAUCGAGGAGAAUGGGGUUUGAAGGGGUGGAGUUCAUUUUUGAGGCGACUCAAAAAUCGAGGAGAAUGGGGUUUGAAGGGGUGGAGUUCAUUUUUGAGGCGACUCAAAAAUCGAGGAGAAUGGGGUUUGAAGGGGUGGAGUUCAUUUUUGAGGCGACUCAAAAAUCGAGGAGAAUGGGGUUUGAAGGGGUGGAGUUCAUUUUUGAGGCGACUCAAAAAUCGAGGAGAAUGGGGUUUGAAGGGGUGGAGUUCAUUUUUGAGGCGACUCAAAAAUCGAGGAGAAUGGGGUUUGAAGGGGUGGAGUUCAUUUUUGAGGCGACUCAAAAAUCGAGGAGAAUGGGGUUUGAAGGGGUGGAGUUCAUUUUUGAGGCGACUCAAAAAUCGAGGAGAAUGGGGUUUGAAGGGGUGGAGUUCAUUUUUGAGGCGACUCAAAAAUCGAGGAGAAUGGGGUUUGAAGGGGUGGAGUUCAUUUUUGAGGCGACUCAAAAAUCGAGGAGAAUGGGGUUUGAAGGGGUGGAGUUCAUUUUUGAGGCGACUCAAAAAUCGAGGAGAAUGGGGUUUGAAGGGGUGGAGUUCAUUUUUGAGGCGACUCAAAAAUCGAGGAGAAUGGGGUUUGAAGGGGUGGAGUUCAUUUUUGAGGCGACUCAAAAAUCGAGGAGAAUGGGGUUUGAAGGGGUGGAGUUCAUUUUUGAGGCGACUCAAAAAUCGAGGAGAAUGGGGUUUGAAGGGGUGGAGUUCAUUUUUGAGGCGACUCAAAAAUCGAGGAGAAUGGGGUUUGAAGGGGUGGAGUUCAUUUUUGAGGCGACUCAAAAAUCGAGGAGAAUGGGGUUUGAAGGGGUGGAGUUCAUUUUUGAGGCGACUCAAAAAUCGAGGAGAAUGGGGUUUGAAGGGGUGGAGUUCAUUUUUGAGGCGACUCAAAAAUCGAGGAGAAUGGGGUUUGAAGGGGUGGAGUUCAUUUUUGAGGCGACUCAAAAAUCGAGGAGAAUGGGGUUUGAAGGGGUGGAGUUCAUUUUUGAGGCGACUCAAAAAUCGAGGAGAAUGGGGUUUGAAGGGGUGGAGUUCAUUUUGAGGCGACUCAAAAAUCGAGGAGAAUGGGGGGUGGAGUUCAUUUUUGAGGCGACUCAAAAAUCGAGGAGAAUGGGGUUUGAAGGGGUGGAGUUCAUUUUUGAGGCGACUCAAAAAUCGAGGAGAAUGGGGUUUGAAGGGGUGGAGUUCAUUUUUGAGGCGACUCAAAAAUCGAGGAGAAUGGGGUUUGAAGGGGUGGAGUUCAUUUUUGAGGCGACUCAAAAAUCGAGGAGAAUGGGGUUUGAAGGGGUGGAGUUCAUUUUUGAGGCGACUCAAAAAUCGAGGAGAAUGGGGUUUGAAGGGGUGGAGUUCAUUUUUGAGGCGACUCAAAAAUCGAGGAGAAUGGGGUUUGAAGGGGUGGAGUUCAUUUUUGAGGCGACUCAAAAAUCGAGGAGAAUGGGGUUUGAAGGGGUGGAGUUCAUUUUUGAGGCGACUCAAAAAUCGAGGAGAAUGGGGUUUGAAGGGGUGGAGUUCAUUUUUGAGGCGACUCAAAAAUCGAGGAGAAUGGGGUUUGAAGGGGUGGAGUUCAUUUUUGAGGCGACUCAAAAAUCGAGGAGAAUGGGGUUUGAAGGGGUGGAGUUCAUUUUUGAGGCGACUCAAAAAUCGAGGAGAAUGGGGUUUGAAGGGGUGGAGUUCAUUUUUGAGGCGACUCAAAAAUCGAGGAGAAUGGGGUUUGAAGGGGUGGAGUUCAUUUUUGAGGCGACUCAAAAAUCGAGGAGAAUGGGGUUUGAAGGGGUGGAGUUCAUUUUUGAGGCGACUCAAAAAUCGAGGAGAAUGGGGUUUGAAGGGGUGGAGUUCAUUUUUGAGGCGACUCAAAAAUCGAGGAGAAUGGGGUUUGAAGGGGUGGAGUUCAUUUUUGAGGCGACUCAAAAAUCGAGGAGAAUGGGGUUUGAAGGGGUGGAGUUCAUUUUUGAGGCGACUCAAAAAUCGAGGAGAAUGGGGUUUGAAGGGGUGGAGUUCAUUUUUGAGGCGACUCAAAAAUCGAGGAGAAUGGGGUUUGAAGGGGUGGAGUUCAUUUUUGAGGCGACUCAAAAAUCGAGGAGAAUGGGGUUUGAAGGGGUGGAGUUCAUUUUUGAGGCGACUCAAAAAUCGAGGAGAAUGGGGUUUGAAGGGGUGGAGUUCAUUUUUGAGGCGACUCAAAAAUCGAGGAGAAUGGGGUUUGAAGGGGUGGAGUUCAUUUUUGAGGCGACUCAAAAAUCGAGGAGAAUGGGGUUUGAAGGGGUGGAGUUCAUUUUUGAGGCGACUCAAAAAUCGAGGAGAAUGGGGUUUGAAGGGGUGGAGUUCAUUUUUGAGGCGACUCAAAAAUCGAGGAGAAUGGGGUUUGAAGGGGUGGAGUUCAUUUUUGAGGCGACUCAAAAAUCGAGGAGAAUGGGGUUUGAAGGGGUGGAGUUCAUUUUUGAGGCGACUCAAAAAUCGAGGAGAAUGGGGUUUGAAGGGGUGGAGUUCAUUUUUGAGGCGACUCAAAAAUCGAGGAGAAUGGGGUUUGAAGGGGUGGAGUUCAUUUUUGAGGCGACUCAAAAAUCGAGGAGAAUGGGGUUUGAAGGGGUGGAGUUCAUUUUUGAGGCGACUCAAAAAUCGAGGAGAAUGGGGUUUGAAGGGGUGGAGUUCAUUUUUGAGGCGACUCAAAAAUCGAGGAGAAUGGGGUUUGAAGGGGUGGAGUUCAUUUUUGAGGCGACUCAAAAAUCGAGGAGAAUGGGGUUUGAAGGGGUGGAGUUCAUUUUUGAGGCGACUCAAAAAUCGAGGAGAAUGGGGUUUGAAGGGGUGGAGUUCAUUUUUGAGGCGACUCAAAAAUCGAGGAGAAUGGGGUUUGAAGGGGUGGAGUUCAUUUUUGAGGCGACUCAAAAAUCGAGGAGAAUGGGGUUUGAAGGGGUGGAGUUCAUUUUUGAGGCGACUCAAAAAUCGAGGAGAAUGGGGUUUGAAGGGGUGGAGUUCAUUUUUGAGGCGACUCAAAAAUCGAGGAGAAUGGGGUUUGAAGGGGUGGAGUUCAUUUUUGAGGCGACUCAAAAAUCGAGGAGAAUGGGGUUUGAAGGGGUGGAGUUCAUUUUUGAGGCGACUCAAAAAUCGAGGAGAAUGGGGUUUGAAGGGGUGGAGUUCAUUUUUGAGGCGACUCAAAAAUCGAGGAGAAUGGGGUUUGAAGGGGUGGAGUUCAUUUUUGAGGCGACUAAAAAAUCGAGGAGAAUGGGGUUUGAAGGGGUGGAGUUCAUUUUUGAGGCGACUCAAAAAUCGAGGAGAAUGGGGUUUGAAGGGGUGGAGUUCAUUUUUGAGGCGACUCAAAAAUCGAGGAGAAUGGGGUUUGAAGGGGUGGAGUUCAUUUUUGAGGCGACUCAAAAAUCGAGGAGAAUGGGGUUUGAAGGGGUGGAGUUCAUUUUUGAGGCGACUCAAAAAUCGAGGAGAAUGGGGUUUGAAGGGGUGGAGUUCAUUUUUGAGGCGACUCAAAAAUCGAGGAGAAUGGGGUUUGAAGGGGUGGAGUUCAUUUUUGAGGCGACUCAAAAAUCGAGGAGAAUGGGGUUUGAAGGGGUGGAGUUCAUUUUUGAGGCGACUCAAAAAUCGAGGAGAAUGGGGUUUGAAGGGGUGGAGUUCAUUUUUGAGGCGACUCAAAAAUCGAGGAGAAUGGGGUUUGAAGGGGUGGAGUUCAUUUUUGAGGCGACUCAAAAAUCGAGGAGAAUGGGGUUUGAAGGGGUGGAGUUCAUUUUUGAGGCGACUCAAAAAUCGAGGAGAAUGGGGUUUGAAGGGGUGGAGUUCAUUUUUGAGGCGACUCAAAAAUCGAGGAGAAUGGGGUUUGAAGGGGUGGAGUUCAUUUUUGAGGCGACUCAAAAAUCGAGGAGAAUGGGGUUUGAAGGGGUGGAGUUCAUUUUUGAGGCGACUCAAAAAUCGAGGAGAAUGGGGUUUGAAGGGGUGGAGUUCAUUUUUGAGGCGACUCAAAAAUCGAGGAGAAUGGGGUUUGAAGGGGUGGAGUUCAUUUUUGAGGCGACUCAAAAAUCGAGGAGAAUGGGGUUUGAAGGGGUGGAGUUCAUUUUUGAGGCGACUCAAAAAUCGAGGAGAAUGGGGUUUGAAGGGGUGGAGUUCAUUUUUGAGGCGACUCAAAAAUCGAGGAGAAUGGGGUUUGAAGGGGUGGAGUUCAUUUUUGAGGCGACUCAAAAAUCGAGGAGAAUGGGGUUUGAAGGGGUGGAGUUCAUUUUUGAGGCGACUCAAAAAUCGAGGAGAAUGGGGUUUGAAGGGGUGGAGUUCAUUUUUGAGGCGACUCAAAAAUCGAGGAGAAUGGGGUUUGAAGGGGUGGAGUUCAUUUUUGAGGCGACUCAAAAAUCGAGGAGAAUGGGGUUUGAAGGGGUGGAGUUCAUUUUUGAGGCGACUCAAAAAUCGAGGAGAAUGGGGUUUGAAGGGGUGGAGUUCAUUUUUGAGGCGACUCAAAAAUCGAGGAGAAUGGGGUUUGAAGGGGUGGAGUUCAUUUUUGAGGCGACUCAAAAAUCGAGGAGAAUGGGGUUUGAAGGGGUGGAGUUCAUUUUUGAGGCGACUCAAAAAUCGAGGAGAAUGGGGUUUGAAGGGGUGGAGUUCAUUUUUGAGGCGACUCAAAAAUCGAGGAGAAUGGGGUUUGAAGGGGUGGAGUUCAUUUUUGAGGCGACUCAAAAAUCGAGGAGAAUGGGGUUUGAAGGGGUGGAGUUCAUUUUUGAGGCGACUCAAAAAUCGAGGAGAAUGGGGUUUGAAGGGGUGGAGUUCAUUUUUGAGGCGACUCAAAAAUCGAGGAGAAUGGGGUUUGAAGGGGUGGAGUUCAUUUUUGAGGCGACUCAAAAAUCGAGGAGAAUGGGGUUUGAAGGGGUGGAGUUCAUUUUUGAGGCGACUCAAAAAUCGAGGAGAAUGGGGUUUGAAGGGGUGGAGUUCAUUUUUGAGGCGACUCAAAAAUCGAGGAGAAUGGGGUUUGAAGGGGUGGAGUUCAUUUUUGAGGCGACUCAAAAAUCGAGGAGAAUGGGGUUUGAAGGGGUGGAGUUCAUUUUUGAGGCGACUCAAAAAUCGAGGAGAAUGGGGUUUGAAGGGGUGGAGUUCAUUUUUGAGGCGACUCAAAAAUCGAGGAGAAUGGGGUUUGAAGGGGUGGAGUUCAUUUUUGAGGCGACUCAAAAAUCGAGGAGAAUGGGGUUUGAAGGGGUGGAGUUCAUUUUUGAGGCGACUCAAAAAUCGAGGAGAAUGGGGUUUGAAGGGGUGGAGUUCAUUUUUGAGGCGACUCAAAAAUCGAGGAGAAUGGGGUUUGAAGGGGUGGAGUUCAUUUUUGAGGCGACUCAAAAAUCGAGGAGAAUGGGGUUUGAAGGGGUGGAGUUCAUUUUUGAGGCGACUCAAAAAUCGAGGAGAAUGGGGUUUGAAGGGGUGGAGUUCAUUUUUGAGGCGACUCAAAAAUCGAGGAGAAUGGGGUUUGAAGGGGUGGAGUUCAUUUUUGAGGCGACUCAAAAAUCGAGGAGAAUGGGGUUUGAAGGGGUGGAGUUCAUUUUUGAGGCGACUCAAAAAUCGAGGAGAAUGGGGUUUGAAGGGGUGGAGUUCAUUUUUGAGUCGACUAAAAAAUCGAGGAGAAUGGGGUUUGAAGGGGUGGAGUUCAUUUUUGAGGCGACUCAAAAAUCGAGGAGAAUGGGGUUUGAAGGGGUGGAGUUCAUUUUUGAGGCGACUCAAAAAUCGAGGAGAAUGGGGUUUGAAGGGGUGGAGUUCAUUUUUGAGGCGACUCAAAAAUCGAGGAGAAUGGGGUUUGAAGGGGUGGAGUUCAUUUUUGAGGCGACUCAAAAAUCGAGGAGAAUGGGGUUUGAAGGGGUGGAGUUCAUUUUUGAGGCGACUCAAAAAUCGAGGAGAAUGGGGUUUGAAGGGGUGGAGUUCAUUUUUGAGGCGACUCAAAAAUCGAGGAGAAUGGGGUUUGAAGGGGUGGAGUUCAUUUUUGAGGCGACUCAAAAAUCGAGGAGAAUGGGGUUUGAAGGGGUGGAGUUCAUUUUUGAGGCGACUCAAAAAUCGAGGAGAAUGGGGUUUGAAGGGGUGGAGUUCAUUUUUGAGGCGACUCAAAAAUCGAGGAGAAUGGGGUUUGAAGGGGUGGAGUUCAUUUUUGAGGCGACUCAAAAAUCGAGGAGAAUGGGGUUUGAAGGGGUGGAGUUCAUUUUUGAGGCGACUCAAAAAUCGAGGAGAAUGGGGUUUGAAGGGGUGGAGUUCAUUUUUGAGGCGACUCAAAAAUCGAGGAGAAUGGGGUUUGAAGGGGUGGAGUUCAUUUUUGAGGCGACUCAAAAAUCGAGGAGAAUGGGGUUUGAAGGGGUGGAGUUCAUUUUUGAGGCGACUCAAAAAUCGAGGAGAAUGGGGUUUGAAGGGGUGGAGUUCAUUUUUGAGGCGACUCAAAAAUCGAGGAGAAUGGGGUUUGAAGGGGUGGAGUUCAUUUUUGAGGCGACUCAAAAAUCGAGGAGAAUGGGGUUUGAAGGGGUGGAGUUCAUUUUUGAGGCGACUCAAAAAUCGAGGAGAAUGGGGUUUGAAGGGGUGGAGUUCAUUUUUGAGGCGACUCAAAAAUCGAGGAGAAUGGGGUUUGAAGGGGUGGAGUUCAUUUUUGAGGCGACUCAAAAAUCGAGGAGAAUGGGGUUUGAAGGGGUGGAGUUCAUUUUUGAGGCGACUCAAAAAUCGAGGAGAAUGGGGUUUGAAGGGGUGGAGUUCAUUUUUGAGGCGACUCAAAAAUCGAGGAGAAUGGGGUUUGAAGGGGUGGAGUUCAUUUUUGAGGCGACUCAAAAAUCGAGGAGAAUGGGGUUUGAAGGGGUGGAGUUCAUUUUUGAGGCGACUCAAAAAUCGAGGAGAAUGGGGUUUGAAGGGGUGGAGUUCAUUUUUGAGGCGACUCAAAAAUCGAGGAGAAUGGGGUUUGAAGGGGUGGAGUUCAUUUUUGAGGCGACUCAAAAAUCGAGGAGAAUGGGGUUUGAAGGGGUGGAGUUCAUUUUUGAGGCGACUCAAAAAUCGAGGAGAAUGGGGUUUGAAGGGGUGGAGUUCAUUUUUGAGGCGACUCAAAAAUCGAGGAGAAUGGGGUUUGAAGGGGUGGAGUUCAUUUUUGAGGCGACUCAAAAAUCGAGGAGAAUGGGGUUUGAAGGGGUGGAGUUCAUUUUUGAGGCGACUCAAAAAUCGAGGAGAAUGGGGUUUGAAGGGGUGGAGUUCAUUUUUGAGGCGACUCAAAAAUCGAGGAGAAUGGGGUUUGAAGGGGUGGAGUUCAUUUUUGAGGCGACUCAAAAAUCGAGGAGAAUGGGGUUUGAAGGGGUGGAGUUCAUUUUUGAGGCGACUCAAAAAUCGAGGAGAAUGGGGUUUGAAGGGGUGGAGUUCAUUUUUGAGGCGACUCAAAAAUCGAGGAGAAUGGGGUUUGAAGGGGUGGAGUUCAUUUUUGAGGCGACUCAAAAAUCGAGGAGAAUGGGGUUUGAAGGGGUGGAGUUCAUUUUUGAGGCGACUCAAAAAUCGAGGAGAAUGGGGUUUGAAGGGGUGGAGUUCAUUUUUGAGGCGACUCAAAAAUCGAGGAGAAUGGGGUUUGAAGGGGUGGAGUUCAUUUUUGAGGCGACUCAAAAAUCGAGGAGAAUGGGGUUUGAAGGGGUGGAGUUCAUUUUUGAGGCGACUCAAAAAUCGAGGAGAAUGGGGUUUGAAGGGGUGGAGUUCAUUUUUGAGGCGACUCAAAAAUCGAGGAGAAUGGGGUUUGAAGGGGUGGAGUUCAUUUUUGAGGCGACUCAAAAAUCGAGGAGAAUGGGGUUUGAAGGGGUGGAGUUCAUUUUUGAGGCGACUCAAAAAUCGAGGAGAAUGGGGUUUGAAGGGGUGGAGUUCAUUUUUGAGGCGACUCAAAAAUCGAGGAGAAUGGGGUUUGAAGGGGUGGAGUUCAUUUUUGAGGCGACUCAAAAAUCGAGGAGAAUGGGGUUUGAAGGGGUGGAGUUCAUUUUUGAGGCGACUCAAAAAUCGAGGAGAAUGGGGUUUGAAGGGGUGGAGUUCAUUUUUGAGGCGACUCAAAAAUCGAGGAGAAUGGGGUUUGAAGGGGUGGAGUUCAUUUUUGAGGCGACUCAAAAAUCGAGGAGAAUGGGGUUUGAAGGGGUGGAGUUCAUUUUUGAGGCGACUCAAAAAUCGAGGAGAAUGGGGUUUGAAGGGGUGGAGUUCAUUUUUGAGGCGACUCAAAAAUCGAGGAGAAUGGGGUUUGAAGGGGUGGAGUUCAUUUUUGAGGCGACUCAAAAAUCGAGGAGAAUGGGGUUUGAAGGGGUGGAGUUCAUUUUUGAGGCGACUCAAAAAUCGAGGAGAAUGGGGUUUGAAGGGGUGGAGUUCAUUUUUGAGGCGACUCAAAAAUCGAGGAGAAUGGGGUUUGAAGGGGUGGAGUUCAUUUUUGAGGCGACUCAAAAAUCGAGGAGAAUGGGGUUUGAAGGGGUGGAGUUCAUUUUUGAGGCGACUCAAAAAUCGAGGAGAAUGGGGUUUGAAGGGGUGGAGUUCAUUUUUGAGGCGACUCAAAAAUCGAGGAGAAUGGGGUUUGAAGGGGUGGAGUUCAUUUUUGAGGCGACUCAAAAAUCGAGGAGAAUGGGGUUUGAAGGGGUGGAGUUCAUUUUUGAGGCGACUCAAAAAUCGAGGAGAAUGGGGUUUGAAGGGGUGGAGUUCAUUUUUGAGGCGACUCAAAAAUCGAGGAGAAUGGGGUUUGAAGGGGUGGAGUUCAUUUUUGAGGCGACUCAAAAAUCGAGGAGAAUGGGGUUUGAAGGGGUGGAGUUCAUUUUUGAGGCGACUCAAAAAUCGAGGAGAAUGGGGUUUGAAGGGGUGGAGUUCAUUUUUGAGGCGACUCAAAAAUCGAGGAGAAUGGGGUUUGAAGGGGUGGAGUUCAUUUUUGAGGCGACUCAAAAAUCGAGGAGAAUGGGGUUUGAAGGGGUGGAGUUCAUUUUUGAGGCGACUCAAAAAUCGAGGAGAAUGGGGUUUGAAGGGGUGGAGUUCAUUUUUGAGGCGACUCAAAAAUCGAGGAGAAUGGGGUUUGAAGGGGUGGAGUUCAUUUUUGAGGCGACUCAAAAAUCGAGGAGAAUGGGGUUUGAAGGGGUGGAGUUCAUUUUUGAGGCGACUCAAAAAUCGAGGAGAAUGGGGUUUGAAGGGGUGGAGUUCAUUUUUGAGGCGACUCAAAAAUCGAGGAGAAUGGGGUUUGAAGGGGUGGAGUUCAUUUUUGAGGCGACUCAAAAAUCGAGGAGAAUGGGGUUUGAAGGGGUGGAGUUCAUUUUUGAGGCGACUCAAAAAUCGAGGAGAAUGGGGUUUGAAGGGGUGGAGUUCAUUUUUGAGGCGACUCAAAAAUCGAGGAGAAUGGGGUUUGAAGGGGUGGAGUUCAUUUUUGAGGCGACUCAAAAAUCGAGGAGAAUGGGGUUUGAAGGGGUGGAGUUCAUUUUUGAGGCGACUCAAAAAUCGAGGAGAAUGGGGUUUGAAGGGGUGGAGUUCAUUUUUGAGGCGACUCAAAAAUCGAGGAGAAUGGGGUUUGAAGGGGUGGAGUUCAUUUUUGAGGCGACUCAAAAAUCGAGGAGAAUGGGGUUUGAAGGGGUGGAGUUCAUUUUUGAGGCGACUCAAAAAUCGAGGAGAAUGGGGUUUGAAGGGGUGGAGUUCAUUUUUGAGGCGACUCAAAAAUCGAGGAGAAUGGGGUUUGAAGGGGUGGAGUUCAUUUUUGAGGCGACUCAAAAAUCGAGGAGAAUGGGGUUUGAAGGGGUGGAGUUCAUUUUUGAGGCGACUCAAAAAUCGAGGAGAAUGGGGUUUGAAGGGGUGGAGUUCAUUUUUGAGGCGACUCAAAAAUCGAGGAGAAUGGGGUUUGAAGGGGUGGAGUUCAUUUUUGAGGCGACUCAAAAAUCGAGGAGAAUGGGGUUUGAAGGGGUGGAGUUCAUUUUUGAGGCGACUCAAAAAUCGAGGAGAAUGGGGUUUGAAGGGGUGGAGUUCAUUUUUGAGGCGACUCAAAAAUCGAGGAGAAUGGGGUUUGAAGGGGUGGAGUUCAUUUUUGAGGCGACUCAAAAAUCGAGGAGAAUGGGGUUUGAAGGGGUGGAGUUCAUUUUUGAGGCGACUCAAAAAUCGAGGAGAAUGGGGUUUGAAGGGGUGGAGUUCAUUUUUGAGGCGACUCAAAAAUCGAGGAGAAUGGGGUUUGAAGGGGUGGAGUUCAUUUUUGAGGCGACUCAAAAAUCGAGGAGAAUGGGGUUUGAAGGGGUGGAGUUCAUUUUUGAGGCGACUCAAAAAUCGAGGAGAAUGGGGUUUGAAGGGGUGGAGUUCAUUUUUGAGGCGACUCAAAAAUCGAGGAGAAUGGGGUUUGAAGGGGUGGAGUUCAUUUUUGAGGCGACUCAAAAAUCGAGGAGAAUGGGGUUUGAAGGGGUGGAGUUCAUUUUUGAGGCGACUCAAAAAUCGAGGAGAAUGGGGUUUGAAGGGGUGGAGUUCAUUUUUGAGGCGACUCAAAAAUCGAGGAGAAUGGGGUUUGAAGGGGUGGAGUUCAUUUUUGAGGCGACUCAAAAAUCGAGGAGAAUGGGGUUUCGAAGGGGGGUGGAGUUCAUUUUUGAGUCGACUAAAAAAUCGAGGAGAAUGGGGUUUGAAGGGGUGGAGUUCAUUUUUGAGGCGACUCAAAAAUCGAGGAGAAUGGGGUUUGAAGGGGUGGAGUUCAUUUUUGAGGCGACUCAAAAAUCGAGGAGAAUGGGGUUUGAAGGGGUGGAGUUCAUUUUUGAGGCGACUCAAAAAUCGAGGAGAAUGGGGUUUGAAGGGGUGGAGUUCAUUUUUGAGGCGACUCAAAAAUCGAGGAGAAUGGGGUUUGAAGGGGUGGAGUUCAUUUUUGAGGCGACUCAAAAAUCGAGGAGAAUGGGGUUUGAAGGGGUGGAGUUCAUUUUUGAGGCGACUCAAAAAUCGAGGAGAAUGGGGUUUGAAGGGGUGGAGUUCAUUUUUGAGGCGACUCAAAAAUCGAGGAGAAUGGGGUUUGAAGGGGUGGAGUUCAUUUUUGAGGCGACUCAAAAAUCGAGGAGAAUGGGGUUUGAAGGGGUGGAGUUCAUUUUUGAGGCGACUCAAAAAUCGAGGAGAAUGGGGUUUGAAGGGGUGGAGUUCAUUUUUGAGGCGACUCAAAAAUCGAGGAGAAUGGGGUUUGAAGGGGUGGAGUUCAUUUUUGAGGCGACUCAAAAAUCGAGGAGAAUGGGGUUUGAAGGGGUGGAGUUCAUUUUUGAGGCGACUCAAAAAUCGAGGAGAAUGGGGUUUGAAGGGGUGGAGUUCAUUUUUGAGGCGACUCAAAAAUCGAGGAGAAUGGGGUUUGAAGGGGUGGAGUUCAUUUUUGAGGCGACUCAAAAAUCGAGGAGAAUGGGGUUUGAAGGGGUGGAGUUCAUUUUUGAGGCGACUCAAAAAUCGAGGAGAAUGGGGUUUGAAGGGGUGGAGUUCAUUUUUGAGGCGACUCAAAAAUCGAGGAGAAUGGGGUUUGAAGGGGUGGAGUUCAUUUUUGAGGCGACUCAAAAAUCGAGGAGAAUGGGGUUUGAAGGGGUGGAGUUCAUUUUUGAGGCGACUCAAAAAUCGAGGAGAAUGGGGUUUGAAGGGGUGGAGUUCAUUUUUGAGUCGACUCAAAAAUCGAGGAGAAUGGGGUUUGAAGGGGUGGAGUUCAUUUUUGAGGCGACUCAAAAAUCGAGGAGAAUGGGGUUUGAAGGGGUGGAGUUCAUUUUUGAGGCGACUCAAAAAUCGAGGAGAAUGGGGUUUGAAGGGGUGGAGUUCAUUUUUGAGGCGACUCAAAAAUCGAGGAGAAUGGGGUUUGAAGGGGUGGAGUUCAUUUUUGAGGCGACUCAAAAAUCGAGGAGAAUGGGGUUUGAAGGGGUGGAGUUCAUUUUUGAGGCGACUCAAAAAUCGAGGAGAAUGGGGUUCGAAGGGGUGGAGUUCAUUUUUGAGUCGACUAAAAAAUCGAGGAGAAUGGGGUUUGAAGGGGUGGAGUUCAUUUUUGAGGCGACUCAAAAAUCGAGGAGAAUGGGGUUUGAAGGGGUGGAGUUCAUUUUUGAGGCGACUCAAAAAUCGAGGAGAAUGGGGUUUGAAGGGGUGGAGUUCAUUUUUGAGGCGACUCAAAAAUCGAGGAGAAUGGGGUUUGAAGGGGUGGAGUUCAUUUUUGAGGCGACUCAAAAAUCGAGGAGAAUGGGGUUUGAAGGGGUGGAGUUCAUUUUUGAGGCGACUCAAAAAUCGAGGAGAAUGGGGUUUCGAAGGGGGGUGGAGUUCAUUUUUGAGUCGACUAAAAAAUCGAGGAGAAUGGGGUUUGAAGGGGUGGAGUUCAUUUUUGAGGCGACUCAAAAAUCGAGGAGAAUGGGGUUUGAAGGGGUGGAGUUCAUUUUUGAGUCGACUAAAAAAUCGAGGAGAAUGGGGUUUGAAGGGGUGGAGUUCAUUUUUGAGGCGACUCAAAAAUCGAGGAGAAUGGGGUUUGAAGGGGUGGAGUUCAUUUUUGAGGCGACUAAAAAAUCGAGGAGAAUGGGGUUUGAAGGGGUGGAGUUCAUUUUUGAGGCGACUCAAAAAUCGAGGAGAAUGGGGUUUGAAGGGGUGGAGUUCAUUUUUGAGGCGACUCAAAAAUCGAGGAGAAUGGGGUUUGAAGGGGUGGAGUUCAUUUUUGAGGCGACUCAAAAAUCGAGGAGAAUGGGGUUUGAAGGGGUGGAGUUCAUUUUUGAGGCGACUCAAAAAUCGAGGAGAAUGGGGUUUGAAGGGGUGGAGUUCAUUUUUGAGGCGACUCAAAAAUCGAGGAGAAUGGGGUUCGAAGGGGUGGAGUUCAUUUUUGAGUCGACUAAAAAAUCGAGGAGAAUGGGGUUUGAAGGGGUGGAGUUCAUUUUUGAGGCGACUCAAAAAUCGAGGAGAAUGGGGUUUGAAGGGGUGGAGUUCAUUUUUGAGUCGACUCAAAAAUCGAGGAGAAUGGGGUUUGAAGGGGUGGAGUUCAUUUUUGAGGCGACUCAAAAAUCGAGGAGAAUGGGGUUUGAAGGGGUGGAGUUCAUUUUUUAG